AUGAUGGAAUACGGAAGAACGCGCAAAGGGCCGCUGCCUGGAGGUCGCCAGGGCGCGUCUGGAGCUGGCGCUGGACGCGGCAGCAUGCGAACCGCCAGCCGAGCGCGAGGUGCUGCACGACCACCCAGCAGCCCCUCGCAUCCAUCAUCCCCACCAGCUGGCUUGGUGUCGGCAGGGUCUUCGCGGGCCCAGCAAUCGACACCCGCCUCUGGUGGAGUACGCCGCAUGCGUUGGACAACCCAGAUGAACAGCAACGCAUUGCGGGCGUAUUUUGGGGCGAAAGGGGGAGAAACUGGAUGUUUGGCGUAUCGGGCUAGGAUGCAUCGUCUUUUUGCUGAGCUGGAGCCAUCUGUAACCGUCACAGAGCAAAACCUGGCAGACCGAGUUCGGUAUAUCUUGCGCUCAAAUAUAUUUGAUGUCGCCGAACUCGAACGGCUACGACGUGAGGCUGUUCCCUCGUCGGAUGAGAAUGCUACGGCUGAGGAUGCGGCGCCACAAAUGGUAGAGCAACCCGCAAACGUGGAUGCCGCCGUGAAUACCCCAGUUGUGGUUGAUUCAAACGAUGAUGGAACAGUCGCCCAGGAACUGGAAUUAGAGCAUAUGAGGAGUACAUUGGAAGAGGCGAUUGUGGAAACGCGCAGUACGCCUCUCGAAAAUCGACCGCGACUUCCCCGCAUAGCCCUAAGCAAGCGGAAUCGGGCUGUCGUGAGGACUCUGAACCCAAUGCUGGUGACCUAUUUGGAAGCCAGCCGGGACCUUUGCGAGACGGACUCAAUUCUUUUUGGCGCCGCGCUGGCAGUCUGCCGUAUCAUAGGCGCCAAGGUUUCCACGGCUGGACGCGCUACUGGCCAUAAAAGCGCUAUCCCAGCAUGGAGAAGAAGAAUUGAGGAACGUAUCGCAAAGGCUAGAGCUCUCAUCGGCAGACUGAUAUGCUUCAGAUCAGGCAACAACAGGCCAAGAAUUGUGCGCACCGUCAGGAUGGCGUUUGAUGGGACAAAUGUCUGUUUGUCCCAGCCGAAUAUAGCGCAAAAACUGACGGAGAGCAUAGAUGAUCUGAAGCAGAGAAUCGCUGCUUGGGGAAAACGGAUUCGGCGAUAUACCGAGAGGUCGACACGGUUCAACCAGAAUCGUCUCUUCCAGAGUGAUCAGAAGAGGCUCUAUGAAUCAUUGGAGCGACCAAUGGUAAGUGGAACGGGUCCAGCACCGAAUCAGGCCGACACUGUAGCAUUCUAG